AUGCCAGGGCCAAACCUCAUCACCGUCCUCCGGGGACUCAAGGUGCGCGUCUCUACUAUGGACGCAUUCUUGCGCGCAAACGGCAAGGCCCACGGCACCGAUGGCACCUUAUUCGUACCCUUUUACGACAGUGAGACUCCCGAUGAGAUCACAGCCCUGCUCCGGGAGAAGGCCGGAAGUAACGACAUGCUCUACGUUGUUCCGUCUAUUGAAAGCCACGACCGCUCCACGCACGUAUACGUAGCCUAUAGCUACGCUCAUGUCUACGCGCAGCGGUGCGUCACCGCCGACGAUCCGACCGAAAGGAUCCCGGGGGAGUUUGAGAAGCUGCAGGAAGAGAUCUUGAAGUUCGGGGCAGGCGACGAGGAGGGGCGAGUAGGCUUGUUUGUUGUCUAUACGGAUCAACCAGGCCCGGACCCGCCCGAGUUAGCGGAACGGCGCAAGACACCUAUUCAUUGCGGCAUGUGUGAUGAGACAUAUGAUUAUUGGACCAAGAGGCAAUGGCACCGGAAACAGGUCCAUGGACUUGAUGAGCCUCUUAAUGGUCUGCCUGAAAAUGCAUAA